ACAUGUCUGCGCCCUGAGCAAACGGCACCACCUUUACCCAAAUGUGACGAUUGAGCUGUGCAAAUCAUAAACAAGCAGCUCAAGAUACAAAUAAAUGAACAUUGUUGGUGUCCAACAUAAACUGUGAAGAUGUCGGAAAAUAUCCAGAGGGAUGGCGUCGCUGGAAAGGCACUCACACGCGUGGUCAUUGCUGAAAUGCUGGCGAAGAAUUUCGAGAGACUGCCUGACAUUGAUCAGAAAAUCUUCAUCUAUGGACCCAUGUAUCUGGGCGGGAACGCUGGUCUUGCAGGACUGAUAGCGAACAGCUUGUACCGCAGAGCCCUGAAUGUGAAGCAGGCGGCGGUCACCUCCAACCUGCCGAUGGCCGUGCUGCCCUUCCUCACAACUUUUGCCCUGUACAGUGCAGCGGUGUCCACCCCCCUCCUGUCCGGCGACCUCAAUUGUCCCUCCUGUGCUCUGAUGAGAGGUGCCCUUGUAGGUGUGGUCGGCGGCGGGUUGUACCCUAUGCUCCUGGCCUUACCUGUGAAUUUCGGCCUCGCCUCCAGGUACAGCACAUCACCCAUGCCAGAGAAGGGCAACGUCCUCCGGCACUGUGUGGACAUCUCCAGACCGAUCAUGAGGAGGAUGAGGGCAGUCUUGGUGCUGCAGGCCUUUUUCGGCACCUACCUGAGCUCCAGGAACUUUGAAACAUACACACAACUGGCCCAGAUCACAUUCAGCUCAAGAGGAGAGGAACUUGAAGACCCAAAUGUAUAAACAUAAAAAUGAGCUUGUUCGUGUGCACUGUUGUUGCUGGUUUCUUGCGUGACUCGUGGCGUUGUAAGAUGUAACAAUAAACCAUUUCAUAAGGAAAGGGUCUGUGAUUAAAACAUAGCUAAUUGUAUGUAUAAGCUAUUGUUUUUAAAAAUCGUCAGAGUACACAUUGAAGUAACUACAUGAACCCACUGCACUAAAAUGAUUAUUUUGAAAAUAUAUAU